CGCACAAACGCUUCCGGGAGGCCGGCGGCAGGUAGGGGCAGAGCAUCUGGUCCCGGGUUUGAUCGGCGCCGAGGCCGAACCCCAACCUGGAGCCCAGUCCGCGGAACAAGUGGAACUUCAAGUCCAACGUUUGGUGAGGGGCAGUUCACCAUUCUGCCUGAAAUGAUCAGUUCAGAAUUGCUGACUUGCUUAUAUUGAUUACUUUUAUAAUGCUCCCUUUGAAGGGGAUUAUGAGUAGAGGAUUGUCUCUGGGAACCUUAAACUCAGAUCCGCAGCAUCAAUUGGCUCACCAGCGUCUGAGUGUCACAAGUCAUUUGAACAUGGAGUAGGAGUUGCUCGUUUCUGAUGCUUAGCCAGACAGGGAACGUAGACACCAGUUACAGCAGACAGAAAAUAAAUCUGCAUUCUCAAUCUGCACGAAGCUUUCUUUCAGCUUCUGCAGGUGUGAGCAAAUAUUCCCUGAUGUAUCAGUAAGAUAGAAACUCAAGGGAUUCUGCAUUUGCCAGAAAUCCAGAGUAACGCAUGCAAAAUGCUGGAAGAACUCAGCAGGUCAGGCAGCAUCUGUGGAGAGGAAUAAACAGUUGACAUUUUGGGCCGAGACAGUUUAUCGGGACUGAAAUAUCUGUACUUUAUAUCCAUGAUAGUUGUAUAAUGUUUGGAAAAGAAAUAGCCACCUCUCCUAGUGGGAAGCUGGUGCAUUAUGAUAUGGGAAGAAUUCAUUGAUUUAGCCUCCUGCUCAAAGCACCUUGUAUCCAUCAUCCUCACAGGCAACAGGCUGUUCCAUUGCUCUUCGUGGGAUCGGUUUUUCACUCACCUGACCCGAUGAGACCCCAGCGAGAAUCUGGGGAGAGGGUAUUCUGCUGCUCGGAGUGUGGGAAGGGAUUCACCCAGUCAUCCAACCUGCUGAGACACCAGAGGGUCCACAACAGGGAGCGGCCGUUCACCUGCUCAGAAUGCGGGAAGGGAUUCACCCACUCAUCCAGCCUGGUGAUUCACCAAAGUGUCCACACCGGAGAGAGGCCGUUCAUUUGCUCCGAGUGCGGGAAGGGAUUUGCCAUAUUCUCUUACCUUCGCAAGCACCAGCGAGUUCACAGCGGGGAGAGGCCGUUCACCUGCUCCAAGUGUGGGAGGCAGUUCUCCCAGUCAGCUCAUCUGAAGAGGCAUCAGCAAGUCCACACGGGGGAGAAACCGUUCACCUGCUCUGAGUGCGGGAAGGGGUUCACUCGAUCCUCCAACCUGAUGACCCACCAGCUGGUCCACACCGGGGAGAGGCCGUUCACCUGCUCCGAGUGCGGGAAGGGCUUCACUCAGUCGUCCCACCUGCUGACGCACGAGCGAAUUCACACCGGGGAGAGGCCCUUCACCUGCUCCGAGUGUGGGAAGGGAUUCAAUCGAUCGUCUGACCUCCUGAUACAUCAGAAUAUCCACACCGGGGAGAGGCAGUUCACCUGCUCCGAGUGCGGGAAGGGAUUCACUCGCUCGUCCAGCCUGUUGAGACAUCAGCAGAUUCACACCGGGGAGAGGCUGCUCUUCAUCUGCUCCGAGUGUGGGAAGUCAUUCACUCGGUCAUCCACCCUCGCCAUGCACCAGCGAGUUCACACCCGGGGGAAGGAUUUAUUAACUAUCAUUUAACUAAGUAUUAACAUUCUAACUAGCACAGCCACUCAAAUGCCAGAGAGUGAGAAAUGCCCAUGUCAUUGCUCUUCAGAGCCGGGACUGAACCCCGGGUAUUGGGCACGGCUGGGGUUUGACUCUGCUGAUGCCGGUCAGCCUAUAACUGUGAUGGAGUUUAAUCGUCUGGUUCUGUGAUGAAUAAAGCUGUUCCGUUUUAAACCCUA